UAUUCCUGUCGAUAUGUCCGAGUGGUUAAGGAGACAGACUCGAAAUCUGUUGGGCUUUGCCUGCGCAGGUUCGAAUCCUGCUGUCGACGAGUUUAAUUUUUUCCACCUUGAAAGGGCAAAACGAUUACAAAUCGUUUUCAACACUAUCUUCUUCCUCAGUGCUUCCCCCCAAGUUUUUUUUGGCGAUUCGCAGCAUUUCCAUGGCUUCUUCCCUUCGCUGUAACCCCGCUUCGCUCACUCAUUUCCUCUCUCCAAAACCCCAAAACGCCAGACUCUCAGCCCACCUGAGCUUCAUCUCCAUCCGGUGUGGCCGACGGGACAACCGUGGACCUCUCGUCAAGGGUCGCAUCCUAAGCUCCGAAGCAAUCCAGGCCAUCCAAUCCCUCAAACGCGCGUACAGGAAAUCAUCGUCAUCGUCGCCGGCGGAUGCCACUCUCCCUUCUCUCUCCCGCCUCAUCAAAUCCGACCUCCUCGCUACGCUCCGUGAACUCCUCCGCCAAGAACAGUGCGUCCUCGCCCUCCACGUAUUCUCCACCAUUUGCUCAGAGUACCCACCCCCGGACCUCGCUCUGUACGCUGAUAUGGUGGUGGCCUUGGCUAGGAACCGUCUGAUGGAAGAGAUUGACGGCUUGAUUGAUCAGAUGGAGGAGAUCAACUGUGAUGAUGACAAGGGGCUGGUGAGGCUGAUGAAGGGCGUGAUUGGGGCCGAGAGGAAGGAAUCAACGGUCAGGAUUUUUAAGUUGAUGAAGAAAAGUGGGGUCGGUUUUGAUAAAAAGGUUGGGGAGUACGUGGUCAAGGUUUUGAGUUUAGGGUUAAGGAAUUUUGGGGAAGAGAGCAUGGCUGAAGAGGUUGAGAAGGAAUUUUGUGUGCCUAUUAGAGGUAAUUUGUAGAAAUCGAUAAUUUGAAGACUUUUCUUUUUUGUAGAAUUUUAGCCCAAAAAUUUUUUUUUUUUAACAUUUAGCCCAAAAUUAUUUGGUAAUUUUUGUGUUGCAACUUUUAUUGGGGAUGACUAUUCCGAUAGUAAAAAAAUGUUAAAGUU